GUAUAAUCCCAAUGUGUUUUAAAUAAGAAAAUAUAAAUAUUCAUGCAAAAUUUGUGAGGUGCUCUGCAUUUUUUGGUUCAUGUUAAGAUUAUGUAUUUAUUUAUACAUAUUGUAAACUAUGUAAAUAGACAAAUAUUCUUUUUUUAACAGGUUGUUUUACCCAGAUUUUCCUUGCCUUUUUUUUGUUUUUUUACUGUAAAACAAAUUAAAACAUUCCUCACAGUUCUUGCUACUUUUUCAGUGAAAUAACUUGAAAUCAUUUGAGUUUUUUUAACCAUUCCAAAACCGUGUUACAUUUAUUUUCCAGAUUGAGUGGAACAUGUCUAGGUUUGCUUAUCCAGGAUCAUCCAGGGUGGUGAUGCCCAAAUGCUUGCUUUUUCAAUCAAAAACAAACAAAUAAAUAAAACAUCUUCAGUUCAAAUAGAUACAUCCAUAUUACCCACCUGUGUGAAUUUCACACACAAAUUUCCCUUUUAUCCUAAAAAGUAGGAGUACUAAUGUUGAGAAUUGUGAGGUUUCUGCUUAAACCCCUAAAAACGGAUCUCUGACUGUCAAAGUUACAUGUUUAGGAGGUUUUUUUCAAUGGAAAAUGAUAAUUUCCUGCCUCAGAAUGGCUCAGAUGUAACUCUACUCUGUUUCUGCUGCCUUUGUUUCUAGUCACUUUUCUCCACUUGCUGCAGCUCGAGCACAUCAGCUCGCUUACAUCUCUGCUCAAACACUGUAAAACCCUUCCAUGCUACACAAUGGUGUCUUGGAUGCUGCGAGUCGCAGGGACUUCUCUCUCCUGAUUGGCCAACGCCGCCGUGACGCAGCAGCUGAGCCAUCCUGAGCGGAGCUGAAGCGGCGGCGUGGAGAGCCGCUGGAUCUGCCCGGACCCUCGGCACCGGACCCUCGGCACCGGACCCUCAGCACCGGACCGGUUCCAGCCCACUCAGCACCACAGUUACUCAUUCAAGGGAGAUAACUACAGGAACAUGGAGACAGCGUGGUCCAUGGUCCAGCCUCAUCCAGCAGCAUGAUCGGAGCCUCCAGUCUCUCAGGUGACACCUUGAUAGCCUGCCACUUCCCCGUGGUGCAGCUCCCCACCUGGCAGCUUCCCGUCCAGGCCCUGUGUGGCUCGGCCAAGAGGACCAGCCGGCUGUGCUCAGUGGGCCUGACCAGGGCCGUGUCCCUCCCGGAGCAGGAUUCACUCAACCGGGAACAUGCCUUCACCGGCGGCCGGAGGCAUUUUUCCAGCAGCUACAGCAGCCUGAACGAGGACCGAGCGGAGGAGGAAGGUACCAGCGACAGCAGCGGCAGGUAUGACUCCACCUCAUCGCCAGAAGAGACCAGUUCCCACCUGAAGAAGGAAAACUCUGCAGCUCGAGCCAGUCUGCGGUCACACAACUCAUUCCUACCUAAUCCAGAGCUGGAUGAGGACGAAGAGGAUGAAGAUAGUGAUGGAGAUAACCUACACAGAUAUCAUGAGGACUCAUCUUUUGUGUUGCAUGGAAACUCCAACUGGCCCUUAAAUAAUGGAGCCACCAAUUACACUAUGUCCAAUGGGGACCUGGACAGCGAAUGGGGCAAUGAAGGGACGAUGCUGGGUACUGAGAGCGACCAAGAGUGGCUUUCUAAUCAACCCAACCAGACGGACUUGCUGCAACCUGAGUGCCAGUGCUUUCACAGCAGCCGAUCUGGCAGCACGGCUUGUUUAGAGCAGGACUCAGACAGACUGAAGGAUAACAUGUCCUGCUGCAUCCACAGCCAGCACAAAUGUUCCCCGGAGCUGCUGUCCAACAGCCACACAGAGUUUCCCAGCGACUCCUCCUGCAACAGCUCUGACGGCGUCUUGGUUAACUUCUGCACCAUCUACAACAGGAGCAACAAUCCUGCCACUCCUUAUGACCUCAGCAGCCCUGCGGUUCACCCCUCUCAGUCGUCUGAGGGGUCCGUGUUCCUCAACCUCCAACCUGUUCCUCAAACUCCAACCAAGGACGUCCACCACAUGGCAGUUUACUCACCCCCGAAAGAGGACAUGACGCUUCCUGCCUCCCGCUGGUCUCCUCAAGGCCUCGACUCCAACUGCAAUCUUUACUCCUUGGAGCCGCUCCCACCAGGUCUGUCUUCUCUGGAGGUGUCCGACCUGACCGCCUGUCUUCAAAGCCAAGACACUCUGCCGACAGGGACCAACCAGAAGUACUACAAACUCGUGACCUGCGACCUUUCCUCCCAGUCGCCCAGCCCGGCCUGGUCCAGCCUCACCAGCUGCCCCGAGGGUCAGAGCAGGAGCAGCCCCUUCCCUCCAUCUGAACAUAACAAAGAACCACAACACAAUGAUGUCGAGAAGGACAAAGAGGAUCAACAAAAGGAAAAGAGGUUCUCCUCUCCAAAGUUUGACGGUUCUCAGCUUCACAUCAUCGACUGCCAGGUUGCCACCACCUCCACUGACAAAUCCCCCUGCAGGACGGAGCAGACAGGCAGCGUCCAGAACCUCUCCCAUACGCCUCGUUCACUGUGCCCCAGCCAGUGUAGCCCACAGAGCAGUAAAUGCCAAGACACAAGAGCUCCGUCCACACAGCCAUCUGUGCUUCGGGACCAGGAACACAGCAACACUGAUGCUGCUGUGAAGGGAAAGGCGACGGGAGUGUUGGAGAACGAUGCGGUCCGCUACAGUAAGGCCCAGAGGCCGACCUCGCUGCCCAUCCAGCCGUUUGUCCUGGUCCCCACAGGAAAACCUCAGGCCCAACACCUUGGAUGUCUUCUGGAGCAGUACCUAAACCAAAAGAGCAACAAGUCUGGAAGCUCCCAGGAAGGCUCCAAAUUUACGGUGAAACGCAGCCAGUGCUUUUCUAAUCUCCAGCAAUCACCUCUGGGCAGCCAGUGCCCCAUCCUCCUGGAGGCUCCUUCCAGCUCCGAUACCUGCUCGACCUGCACACCGAGCCCAGAGUGCUUCACCCGCAGACAUACGUGGAGUCAGUCCAGCAGAACCCAAGGAGGCCCGAGUCCAUGUACAUCAAGAGGCAGUCUGGAUCACAACAUCCUGAAGCCCAGAAUAGUUCAGGUGCAAGAAAAAACAAGUCCGUACUCAGGCAAAACUCAGACAAGCAGUUUUUCAAAUCUGAUGUCAGCUCCAAAUCAAUCCAACCUGGUGAAGAUUCCCACCUACCAGGACCUGAUCCACCUCACUCCUGAGCAGAGCCGUGCUAGUCCAGAGCCCAAAAGUCUAGAUCAGUCCCAAACCCACACCUGCUACAACUCAGUAUUCUCUCACACACCACCCACUUUACCUCUAACCACAGACAGCCAUCACCCGAACAGACAGGCGUCUCUGUCUCCUUCAACAACCUCACUACAGCAGCAGAAGUUCCCUCAGUAUCGAGCAGCAACUGCAGCCGACUCUGGCUUUUUUCACAGCAGUUUCACGGCUGCCCUCUCCUCAGUGGCUCCUCUUUCCUCUUUGAGUUCUCUCAUCUCCUUGGCCACUUCUGGGCUGCAUCCACAGCACAUCCCAGAAUCUGCUGGGCCGAGUUCAAAGCCAAGUCAGAGCCAUCACAGCGAGUCUCUGAUCCUGAGUGACAAGCCGCCCGCAGAGUUCUGCCUUUCACCUGAUACGUCUUAUGAGUCCAUGUCUAUCAGCCAUCUGCAGAGAAGAGGCUUGCUGAGGUCUGUGAGCAGAGCCGUGGAUUUGAUCAUGGCUCAUUUUGGCAGCAGCAGAGACCCUGAAGAAAAGAUGCGUCUGGGUAACAGCUCUUGUAGUCCCACAAUCGCUGGUUUAGUCCUGGAACACUUGUGUCCAGCCAUCCAGAAUAUUUUAGAAGAUGGUCUUCGGGAUCACAAACUGGAUUUCAUCAUUGGGCAGCGUCGCAACCACUCCUGGAACGUGGUGGAGAUCUCUACCAGGAUUGGUCCGUCCACCAGGGUCCUUCAAAGUCUCGUCUCCAAAAUCAGACAUUGUCCACAACUCACCACCCACUGCAUGAGACUGAGAGCCUUCCUUAUGGGCCUGCUUAACUUGAGAGCUUUGGAGUUCUGGCUCAGUCACCUUCAGAGUCAAAGAGAUGUCGUGACAACAUACUACCACUCUUGGGGCUUCCUGACCAUGUCCCUGGGUCGGUGUCAGCCCUUGUUUCAGGAGCUGCUUCUUCUCCUGCAGCCACUUUCUGUGCUGCCCUUUGACCUCAACUUGCUCCUGGAGCCCCGACUGUUACACCACAGACAGCUGUGUUCAGAAGAGCAGAGCGUUUCUCCACCUCAGCCAUGCUCAGCCCUGUUGGUGACCAGCUGGCCAAGACUACAGGCUGACAGAAAGAUGUACAGCAGCUACAGCGGUCAGCCAGCUAAGAUGUCCCACCCAGUAGGUCUGCAUCACCGCGAGUCUCUCGGCUCUCAAAAUUCAAAGCAGCAACGUGGAAAUACGCAGGCCAACAGCAGUCCGUCGUUGGCUCCUAUUCCAGAGUGGCAGCCGAAGGAUCCUGACCUUGUGGAAGGUGUGGUUGAUGGAGAGGACGGUAGCCAGAAUUAUGCAGAUACUUGGUUUCAAAUAAGUAUGGACAGCAGGCAAGACGACAGGGGAUCAGAGAAAGACUGUGGGACCCCAAAUUCCUCAACCGCUGUCCAGAGUCCUUGUCAGGGUGGUUUGCGCUGGGCCAAACUGUUUGGAGCAGCCGACACUUCCACCAAAGCACAGUCAGUUUCUCAGAGUCACAUUGAAGCACAAAACAGAAGGCUGCGGCGACCAUCGCAGUGGCUGCAUUUGGACAGAUCACAGCUCGGACGGUUGGCUCAGUCCAUCAGGUCGAUGAAGCUGGUCGGAGCUCAGGUUCACAAGAGCUGCUAAAAACUGAGCUCACACAGAGAUAGGACUGUUUACUGUAAUAACAAAAGUCUUAACUGCAUGAAAAAUACAUACACAGCGCUCCACCACACUGCUGAACCGAUAAGAAAGCACAGAAGUACGAGAUUAACAGCUUUGGCAGUGGCCCUUAUUCAUCAAGCUAUUUGUAAAUCCACAACUGAGCGUGUGUUCUGUCUGGGUUCUCAUUUAAACACUCAUCAUCUGCAGUAUCAAACGAUACAUACAUAUAAAAUAGUUUUAAAUCCAUAGAAGGAAACAACUGUCCAAUCAAAGACAAUUAACCGUCUGAACAAGCAGUUGUUUCGUGUCACAAACUGUAGCAUAACAGCCAAGAAUUAGCUUCAGUCACAAAUCUUUAUAUUGUAGUGUAUAAAUUAGUUAUUUUUUGUAUUAUAUAUUGCAGAAAUGUGUUUCACAGCUGUUAACAUUCAUGCACUUGAGUGAAAAGUAUCUGAUAAGGCUUCAGGUUCUUCAGAUGUGUCUUGUAAUUGAAGAUAAAACCUUUUUCUGUGAAAUGUCAUUGAAAUUAUCAUCAGUUUACGUGUUUUUUUAACAGCAUUUUGAUUAAGUAUUAGGUCGUAUAUGUCAAGCACAUUUCAUAUUAUCUCUUUCUCUGUCUAUAAAUACAUAGUAGCAAAUCUUUCUAUGAUUGCUAACAGCUAGUGCAACCAACUCUUGAUUUAAAAAUGUCCCUUAGUUGUUCAUUUUUCUAAUUUGUACUCAUCUUCGUUGUGAGAUAAGCUUCAAUGACAACGUAGAUCCUGAACUCUUUUCCUGGAAGUAGCUUGAUAAAUAAGAGCCAAUGCCCCAAUCUGUCUUUGCAUACUGGAAUAACCACAACUAGGUGCUUAUGCUACUCUUCUUUCUAUUUCCCGUAGGCGAAUAUCAAUCAUAAAAAUGUGCAUAUUGAUCUGCUGUGGACUGUUGGACAUUAUUGUGGUGCAAAAUGAUCCAUUUCUCAUUUGUCACCGUCAAUCUCUGCGUAGCUCAAUCUUUCAUUUCAUUGAUAAGUGGAAAAAAAGCAAUACACUGUUUCCAGUGCCAAAUAUGCCACGCACACACACACACACACACACACACACACACACACACACACACACACACACACACACACACACACACACACACACACACACAGACACACACACACACACACACACACACACCAGCCUCUUGUAGUAGAUUGUCAGUGAUGUUUUUUUCAGCAUGUAUUUACUGUAGGUGCAUGAACAUACAGCAGUUGUUUCCUGCCUUUUUCUUAAUCUCUCAACUUCCUCUUGAUGUUUUUAUAGGUGUAGAGUUUAGAAAUUGUCCAGAAAUGGAAUUUUAAAUUAAUGGCAGCGUUUGGUUUAUACAGUUUUAUGUCUUCCAGUGGAGUUUUUUGAGCUGCACCAACUAAAAGCCCUCUUGUGGCUGUUUCAGGUAUUUUACUGUGUGUCGGGUCUAUUUCGAUGGGCUGGUGGUGAGAUAAAAUGGAGGAAAGUGAAGGAAACUGUUUUCUCUGCAUUUGCUGAAUAGAGAAUUUUUUUAAAUGUAGUGCGAUGAUGUGAAGUCUGUGAAACUGUUCUACCUUGUUUUAUCCUCUGAAUGCUUCCUCUAAUGCCCAGAGACAAUCAACCUUCUGUCAGUAAAGACUUUACAUGUUUACCUGUC